GUAAACUUUAAACGGUGAACUGCAUAUAUCACAACUGUAGAGGAUCGCUUUCAUUUUUUGUUACCUCUCUGCAAAUGCUUCAGCUCUUGACAACUUAGGUUGUUAAUCCGCGUUUGUUGUUCAACAUUGGUAACCUCGUACAAAUCAAGUGCUGUUCUCUUUCCUUUCAAUCUCAUCAUGGAUUCUUCUUCUGAUCAUUCUCCCCCAUCAUCACUUCAUUCUCCUGGAGAUGUUCAAAACGUUAAAUUCUGUCAGUGGUGUGGUGGUCCAACGAAGCAUGAAAUUCCUGAAGGAGAAGAAAGGUUGAGAGCUAUUUGUACAAGUUGUGGGAAGAUAACCUAUCAGAAUCCAAAAAUGGUAGUCGGUUGCCUCAUUGAACAUGAUAACAAGGUCCUCCUUUGCAAGCGGAAGAUUGAACCAUCUUAUGGCCUAUGGACACUUCCUGCGGGUUAUUUAGAAAUUGGAGAGUCGGCUAUGGAAGGUGCUAUCAGGGAAACACGGGAGGAAGCCAAUGCUGACGUGGAAGUGAUUUCUCCCUUUGCUCAAUUGGAUAUUCCUUUAAUUGGCCAAACUUAUAUAAUCUUCUUAGCAAGGUUGAAGAAACCUCACUUUUCACCUGGUCCAGAAUCAUCAGAAUGCCUGCUUUUCUCACUCAAUGAAAUACCUUUCAGUUCUCUAUCUUUUUCAUCAAUGGUGGUUACUUUAAGUUUGUAUGUUGAGGAUAUGAAAGCAGGAGGAAAGCCCAAAUUCCAUUAUGGUACCAUUAACAAAAGACCUGGUACUAGUGCAUCUGAUAUUCAUGCCUAUACUCUGGAUCAUCACAUGCAAUCAUGAACCAUGACAAGCUGGUUGUAAGUUGGAGAUAUUUGUUGAAUCUUUCAGAUGCUGUCUUCUUCAGGAACUCCUCAUAGCAAGUUUUUGGCAUUAGAUUCUGGAAUCCAGUCAAUUCAUUUUUAAAUCAGUAGCACUGGCAUAUAACAUGAAAGAUCCAAACAUUACUGACUUAAGCCACCAUUGUUCCAAGAUUGAUGGGCAAAUGGCCCCAAGAAAGACAUGUGUGUUCCUGUUGCUUGAUGCAAUGUUGCAAUUCAUGAUCAUUUGCACCCCCCUUCUCUUGAUAUAUUAUAUCAGAAUCAGAUUGUUGUAAAUUGUCAAAAAAAUAUUUUUGAAGAAUGAUCCUUCCUCUGUUUCAAAACCGGCAUUAUGCAACUGAGUGCUUAUUUUCUAGAUAUUUGAUGCUCAAUACAUCAGAAUUUAAAAGCUU